AUGACGUUGGUCGAAGUUUUUUCAUUCGCGUCCUUUUUUCUGCAAGUUAAGAGCGUUUGCCUCAGUGACACAUGUCAGAAAAUUUCACUUGAUGUGCAUCGAGAUGCGGUGCAAGAUUCAAAGUUUGUUGGCCAUGUCUUUCACAGUUCCAAAACAUUGAGUCCAGUUCAGUGUUACAUGUGGUGUAUCGAAGACUGUCGGUGCUUGUCAUUUAACUACAACGAUACAGAUGAAGGAAAAUUCUGUGAAUUGAAUGAAGCAAAUCAUUUUACGCACAAGAGCUCCCUCAAACCUUCUCUGGGCUCAACUUAUUACAAUCUCCGCAGGGACGACUUUAUAAAGAUUAAUAGCGAUAUGGUUCCAUGUGUUGGUGACGUCACGUGUGGCAAUGACUGUUGCAGGAACAAUCUGUGUCUCAAUGGUGGAACCUGCACUGAGAUCUGUGAGCCCACAAGUGUACGGUACAGUUGUUCCUGUCCAGAGUUGUUUGUUGGGAAACAUUGCGAGACUAAGCCGGGAAGUUGUCAGGAUUACAAAGCAGCCGGCUUUAACUCAUCUGGAUUGUACAAAGUCACUGAUGGUAGCAAUCAAACCUUCACAGUGUUCUGUGACUUUGAGUCAGAGCCUGAUUUCGCUUGGAACCUGAUUGAGUCAUUCAGUUUGUCCAACAAAAAUCUUGUUCAAGUAAAUAGCAUUGUAUUUUCCGACUAUGAUGAUUCUAAAGCGGUCAGCGGUGAGACACCAAACUGGCAGACAUACUUGAUCCGUCCAUCGUACUUUGCAUGGCUUGGCUCCCAGUCCACUCACUGGCGAGCCACUUGCCGUUAUGACACAGACGGGGUGGUUUACCGUGACUACAUGCGAACUUCGUUUGAAGAUUUCGACCUAAUGAAUAUCCAAGUUCCAAUUGUCGCAAAGUGUGUCAAGUUUGAGAUCAUCAAUGUUAGAGGCUAUGAAUGUAAAUCAUGCACAGCACCUUUGUGGAACAAGAAAGACCAAAGCGCUUUGCAUACAGACAGCAGCAGAAGUUUCUGUCAGUUCAAUGGAAAUCGUGGUAACGUCGUCGAUAAUGAGGACAAUUUUGGUAGUUAUAAUACUGUCAAUCCUGCUUUUCGUUGUACUUCUAGUGCUGACGCUACAACUCAGUUCUGGGUAGGAGGAAAGUAG